GCUACACUGCUCUCGAGAAUAUAUUCUCAUUGACGCAGAAUUCCAUCGUUUCAAAGAUGGAAAUUUCUAUUCACCGCAAAACGGUCGCAUUCUUCUUGCUCUCAGUCUCAGCAGCCCUCCUACUGGUCACUGAAUCAUGCAACGUUGUAGACAAAGAGGGGUUGCUUGAAUUCAAGAGCAAGAUCACCUCUGACCCAUCAAGACUUCUGCAUUCCUGGACGUCAUCUUCCGAUUGCUGCAAAACAUGGGAAGGUGUGGCCUGCGAUUCCUCCGGCAGAGUUGUCAACGUCUCCCGCCCAGGCCUUGUUUCGUCCAACGACUUCAUCGUCGACACGUACAUGACGGGAACUCUAUCUCCGUUUCUGGGCAACUUAUCCUUUCUGCAAUUUCUGGAACUGAGCAAUCUCAAGGACUUGAAGGGUCCCAUACCGCCGGAGUUCGGAAAGCUACGACGCCUCACUCAUCUUUUUCUUGAUUCCAAUAAGCUCACAGGUUCUAUACCAAACACAUUUAAGCACUUUUUUUUGCUAGAAAAACUCUUCCUCGGUGACAAUAAUUUAUCCGGUACUAUUUCUUCCUCUGUUAUUGGCUCUUUGAGGUCACUUUCAGAACUGGGUCUAUCAGGAAACAAAUUGUCUGGACCAAUCCCAUUUUCAAUUGGUAAGUUGACAUUGCUUACUCAGCUUGAUCUUCACGAAAAUAAUUUCUCUUCUGGCAUUCCUGCAAGUAUUGGGAAGCUUAAGAGUCUCAAAUAUUUAGAUUUCUCUGAAAAUCAGAUAACCGGAAGGAUUCCAAAAUCAAUUGGUGAGCUUUCUGCAUUAGUACUGUUGUAUCUCAAUCAUAACCAGAUUACUGGAAGAAUUCCUUCUUCGGUUUCCGGGCUCAGUUCUCUAGUAUUUUGCCGGUUAUCAGAAAACAAGCUGACAGGCAAUUUGCCACCAUCCAUCGGCAAGCUCACCAAAAUCCAGAGGCUAAUCCUUGAGAAUAACAAGCUGACUGGGAAAUUGCCAGAAACUAUUGGACAUCUAACCACUCUCACUGAUAUGUUCUUGUCAAACAACCGCUUUAAAGCCAAGAUCCCUUCAAGUUUUGGCAAUUUGAUCAACCUUCAAACACUCGAUUUAUCAAGAAACCUGCUCUCUGGUCAGCUUCCUCCUCAGCUAGCUAAAUUACAGAGUUUACAGACCUUAGAUCUGUCAUUCAAUCCCCUGGGGCUUUUCAGGAUUCCAAAAUGGUUUUCAGAAUUGAAACUUUUUCGGCUAAUGUUGGCGAAAACUGGGAUUGAAGGGGGAAUUCCAAGAUGGUUAUCUUCGUCAUCCAUAUCUGUUCUUGAUUUAUCAAGCAAUGCAUUUAAAGGGAAAUUGCCUCAUUGGAUUGGAAACAUGACCAACCUUUCAUUUCUCAAUUUAUCAAACAACGGCUUCCAUUCAUCAAUCCCAGUUGAGUUCAAAAACCUUUCGCUUCUGAUGGAUCUUGAUCUUCAUUCCAACAUGUUCAGUGGCCCCCUGAACACAAUAUUUCUGAAAGAAGUUCAGGACCCACUUGGCCAUUUCAACUCCAUUGAUCUUUCCAACAACAUCUUCACUGGCCCCAUUGAUGAGAACAUUGGAGACAGACCCGCGAUGGCUUCUAUCACAUCGCUGGUUCUAUCAAACAACCAGUUGGGAGGAUCAAUACCAAAGUCGCUGGGUAAAUUGAAUGGAUUGCAGGUGCUGGAGCUUGUGGGUAACGAGCUUUCAGGAAGAAUACCAGCAGAGCUUGGUGAUGCAAAUGAAUUAACUACAAUUUUACUGUCAAGGAACAAGCUAAGCGGAGCUAUUCCAGGGAAGGUGAUGAAUUUGAAGGGGCUUAGAGAAUUUGACGUGUCAGGAAACCGACUAAGUGGGAAGAUUCCUCCUCACAAAGCCAAAAUCCCUGCAUCUGCAUUCUUUGAUAAUCCUGGUUUGUGUGGAGCUCCACUCCCUUCUUGCAAGCACCCUUAGAAUUUCCCCAAUAUUGUUUUAUUUCUUUUCGUAUCUUCAAAGUUCAAUCAAACAUUACCAUCGGAUUUACAUUUCUUAUAUUAUAUAAUUAUAUGGUCAAUAAACAGGCAU